UGAAGAGACGAAAGUGGCCCUGCCUUUACUCCAAGGAGUGCCUCGACAUUUGCACAAUUUUGGCACUGGUUAUCGGACCUUGGGAACUCCUCGUCGCCUUUGGUUUCACCCUCCUUCCAAAAACAUUCGUACCCGCGAUACGAGAAAGCUCCGAAUUCUGCGUCUUUUUCGUCGCCCUCCUUCUCUUCCAGGGAUUCAAACACGUCUUUGUGGGUAUCCUGGGCCUCGGACUUCGCUCCAUGCGACCCUAUCUCAUCGGCUUUGUCCACGUGUCCUGGCCGUACGAGAUGGUGUUCCCACUUUUGGGCAUCUUCAUCUCAGCCAUCGGAUUCUACACGACGCAGGAUUGGCGGAUUCAGGGGGAGAUGGUGCAUCAUCUCAAGGGCUACACGGACCAUUGGUUCUCUAAAGAAGGCUGGGAUCGCUACCAGUCUUCCAUGAAAUGUUGCGGGAUCGAGUCCUGGAAGGAUUGGCGUGGUCACGGCCCCCUCCUCGAGAUCGGCGGCGUGCUGGCCACGGUUCCCCCGAGCUGUUGCGUUUCCGGCGAGGAGAACAAAUUCUGCUACAAAGCAGUCAGCGUCAACGAUUCCUCGACAAACGUCCACACGUGGGGCUGCCUCGAAAUUACGACAAAAUCAAUGGAUAUCGUCUCUCGGCAACGAUUUGCAUGAUCAUUGGGUUAAUUUUGGGGAUUUUGGGACAAUGUUCCAUCCGUGAAGCGGGUGACUAUGUGGGCGAUCCGAUCCACACGCUUUUAUUUGACACCAAGUCCAUCGCUAAGAUUGGUGGGGAAGCGAAGGCGCUACGGCGACAAGAACUCUUCUCCUUGCUUGACCACUACUGCCUCCUCCUCGGAAUGGAACUCGGCUUCAAGGAGGAAGUCAAGAAAGCCAUGGAGCAGCUUGGACAGGAUCAAGAUCAAGUUAUUUUUAUCAAUCAGGUGACAACUCCUCCAAAACAUGACACCACUCCAAAAGCCACCCCCAUAACAGACGUCCCCCUGAAAAAAGGAGGCGACGAGGAGAAGAAGGAAGAGGAAAAGAAGAAGAAUGAAAAAGAUGACAAAGAUUCAAAAGGUCCACCACCUCCUCCUCCUCCAGCCCCACCCAGUGAUCCACCUCCUCCCCCACCAUCACCAGAUUCUCACACAGGAUCAUCCCCGCCUGGCCAAAACAAUGACGCUUCACCAUCCCCUCAACCACAACCUCCAACCGAGCCUUGGGACAACUCCAUGCCGGAAGAACUUCCGGAUCCAUCGGUCGGUCGGAGUGAGGGAGCCCUUCCUCCCGGGGACGAGGUCAACAAGAAAAACUCUUCCGAGCAGCAGCAGGAUACUAAAGCUAGUCGCAGCAGUAACAGCAGCAAUGGGAAUAAUGACGACAAGAUUUUGCCAGGAGCAGGAAUCGAAUGAGAUUUAAAAGCUAAUAAUUUUUCCCAUAAAAAUGCAGUCGAAAUACAUAGAAAUCAAUUUAUUCAUUAAAA